AUAUACAACACACACUAUUGAAAACCUCGUAUGAGUUUCAAAAUUUGAAUAAUUGAUCAAAAGAGAAUAUAACCAAAAAGGUGAAUAUCUAACACCUAGGUCUAUGCCAUGACUCCCAACAUAGGAAAAAAGACCCAAAUUUCAAAAUUACCACCCGUUGAUUAAAAUAUAAAUAUUAUUCUAUUUGACUCUAAUCCAGAAAGGGCAAUAUCGUAAAUACUAAGGCAUUUUGUCAGAUCCAUCGUCACCCCUACAAACUAAUAUAUUUCAAAUUAAAAAAAUUAUCAACAAGAAAAGAAACAUUUCAAAUAAAAAAAGGGGGGGCCUGAAAAUCAAAUUCCUUGCAGUGCUACUACGCACAGUAGCACAGAGUAAAUAACAGAGAAUAAAAUCAGUGUGACCCAGAAACCACAUUUUCUACGCUAAAAUCCUUCGAUAAAUUUCGUAUUAAAAACUGAAUCUUUGCAGUUGAAAUCAGGGUUUGUGAAUUUCCCCCUUUUUUUUUUUUUUUUCCGGAAUGGAAAGUGCAGCGGAGAAGACAGAGAAGAAAGACGGCUCCGAGUCGGUUAGUUACGGCUCAGUUACUGAGUCAAGAGAUAGCUGCGGCAGCACGAGUUCCGACAGCAGAUCGAGCUCCGACAAUUGCUCUGCGGCUCAAUUGGGCUGGCCUGUAAGAAAGGCGGCAAAUGUUUCGAAAAGUAAGCCGCCACAUUUGAAUGUUGAUGUUGAGUCUAAACUGAAGAAGCAGGGUUUGAAAGCUUCAGAAAUGGAUAUGAUGAAAGAGCGAUUUGCCAAAUUGUUACUCGGCGAAGACAUGUCCGGUAGCGGUAAAGGCGUUUGCGCAGCAUUGACUAUUUCGAAUGCAAUCACAAAUCUAUGUGCUACUAUUUUUGGGCAAGUGUGGAGAUUGGAGCCUUUGCCGUGUGAAAAGAAAUCGAAGUGGCAAAGAGAGAUGGAAUGGCUUUUAUGUGUGAGUGACCAUAUUGUCGAAUUUACACCGUCUUGGCAAACGUUUCCCGAUGGAACUAGGCUUGAGGUUAUGACUUGUCGGCCAAGAUGUGAUCUAUUUAUCAAUCUGCCAGCACUUCGCAAACUCGACAAUAUGCUGCUCGAAAUAUUAGAUGGAUUUAAAAAAACAGAGUUUUGGUACGUAGAUCAAGGAGGUAUUGUAGCAGCAGAAACAGAUGGAUCGGUUUCUUUCGAGAAAGCUAUUAAGCGGCAAGAGGAUAAAUGGUGGCUCCCGGUUCCUCGGGUCCCACAUGGCGGUCUUUCCGAAUGCUCGAGAAAACAAUUAUUUCACCAACGUGAAUGCGCGAACCAGAUUCUUAAAGCUGCUACCUCCAUUAACACCAUAGCUCUAGCUGACAUGGAAGUUCCCGAGUCGUACAUGGAAACUCUCCCAAAGAAUGGGAGAGCUUGUCUUGGAGACGUAAUCUACCGUUACAUCACUUCGGAAAAUUUCUCUAGUAAAUGCUUGCUCGAUUGCCUCGAUAUAUCUUCCGAACAUGCAGCUUUGGAGAUAGCCAAUCGGGUCGAAGCUGCAAUAUACGUGUGGCACAGAAGACAACACCCCAAAUCGCCAGCUCGUCCAAAUAGCUCGGUUUCCAAAUCGUCUUGGGAGAUGGUUAGGGGUCUCGUGACGUAUGUGGACAAGAGCGAGUUGCUUGCCGAACGAGCCGAAAGCCUCCUUCUAUCGUUGAAGCAAAGAUUUCCGGGUCUCUCACAAACUACUUUAGAUGCCACCAAAAUACAAUGCAACAAGGAUGUGGGGAAGUCGAUUUUGGAGAGCUACUCGAGGGUGUUGGAGAGUUUGGCCUUCAACAUAGUGGCGCGUAUAGAUGAUCUACUUUACGUGGACGACAUUAAUAAAGAUUCCGAUAAACUCGAUUCAAACAUUUCUCACAAAAAGGCCCCCUCCCCGUAUUCGGUGUCCCUCUCGGGCACUCCAUACAAAACGGCAUACGCGACUCCCAAUUUUUCUCCGGCCCGUCUGGCGAGCCCCGCGAGAGGGGAGCGGACCCCACUUCACAACAAGCACGCACGUCGUGGCUUGGGAGUCAAGCGAGCACUCACGAAUUAUUUUGGUGGACCCACUCUCGAAUGUGUGGUGGGACCGGUUGGGAAUCGAACAAAUGAUGGGACGAGAUCUCAUUUGAGCAUUGAUGUGAAGGAAUCAUCAUCUUGUGAUUCUAGGACACAACAUAUGGACCGGUAGGAGGAUUCUUGUUUUCGAUAGCUGUCCUUUUAGUUUUCUUACAAAAGAAUGUUUACAUAGUGACACAAUCAUAUUUCCAUUGGUUAAUUAGUUGAGUUAUCAA